GCGUCCCCCAUUACAUAUGCAUCUUUUGACCUCUUCAUUCUUCAACAUUCAAUUCCCCUACCAACUCGACUCCAAAUUUUGACACUCAUAAACGACAACAUACCCUCUAUCAAGCUAUUCACGAAAGAAAUUCCCCCUACCUAGGUAUAUCUCGAAAAUCAAAUGUCCGACGAUAAUCCAGCCAUGUCGAAGACGACUAGAGAUCUUCUAAUGAAGGUUAGAAAGAUUGUGCCGCCAAUGCUCAGUAAAUUCCACAAAGGUAUAUCCCGAUGAUUCGGUACAGCUACGUUUAAUUGACAUGUCUAAGGGCAAAUGGGUAGAGUGGCGGUUAUUGGUGGUAGUGAGGACUAUACUGGCGCACCAUAUUUUUCUGCAAUGGCCAGUGCAAGACUAGGCGCGGAUAUGGUAUGAAUUUCCACCGAUUUGUCUUUAUGAUACUUGUAUUUAGCUAACAUGCAGAUAUACAGAGUCAUGUCAUCUGCGAGCCCCAGGCCGCACAGGUUAUUAAAACGUACUCGCCAAAUUUAAUGGUUCAUCCAUUAAUGCGACAAUCGUCCCAUGCGAAGAUGACAGAAACAGCUGGUUCAAUUGCUCAAAAUGUUAUUGAUAUGCUGCCGCGAUUACACGUCAUAGUUGUAGGACCCGGAUUGGGACGCGAUAAAUUAAUGCAGGAUACGUGUGUGAAGGUUCUUCAAGCUGCGCGGGAAAAUAAUAUGCCGUUUGUUCUCGAUGCCGAUGGUUUGCAGCUGGCUUCGUCGAGACCGGACCUGAUUCAGGGAUAUAGGGAGUGUAUAUUGACGCCGAAUGUUGUGGAGUUUGGUAGGCUGUGUAGGAAUAAGGGGAUUGAUGUUGAAGAGUUGAAUGCGGGGGAGGGUGCGGAGAAGUUGGCUAGGGCCUUUGGUGGUGUCACGAUUGUGCGGAAGGGUCCGCAGGAUUAUAUUUCUAAUGGGGAUAAGACGUAUGUUAGUGAUAUUCAGGGGGGGUUGAAGAGGAGUGGUGGACAAGGUGAUACGUUGACUGGAAGUUUGGCGACGUUUCUAGGAUGGAGAAAGGCUUAUUUGGAUAAAUUAUGGGAUCAUGAGGGAGAUAUUGAUGAGAUUGAGUCAUUGGCUUUAGCAGCUUUUGGAGGUAGUAGUAUAACAAGAGUAAGCACCUUCUUCUUUUCUUUCCCCUUCGAACGACGUUGACAAGUACUAAUUUUCGAUAGGAAUGUUCGAGGCUAGCCUUCGCCAAGAAGGGUAGGAGUUUACAAGCUAGUGAUUUGACUGAAGAAGUAUACGCCGCAUUUACAAAUCUUCUUGAUCCUGAUGAUUCGGCUGCUAAGUUGUAGAUUAAUACUUAGAUAAUACACACCUACAUACCUAGUACUUUCAAUCUUGAAGUAAGAUU